AUGAAGGCUUCAUGUGUCUCCCUAUCAGAGGGCCAAUCAGAGGAGAGCGUAGUGAAUCACUUCCACCACGGUCUGAAGGAUCUGGCUACAGUGUUCUUCUACAUGCUGGUCGCAAUCAUCAUGCACGCCAUCAUCCAGGAGUAUGUACUGGACGUAAGUACUCGCACUCAGACACACACCCACUCAGACACACACACACACACACUCAGACACACACACACUCAGACACACACACACACACACUCAGACACACACACACUCAGACACACACACACACUCAGACACACACACACUCAGACACACACACACACACUCAGACACACACACACUCAGACACACAUCACACAUACACACACACACUCAGACACACACACACACACUCAGACACACACACACACUCAGCACACACACACACUCAGACACACACACACACACUCAGACACACACACACACAGACACACACACACUCAGACACACACACACUCAGACACACCACACACACACACACUCAACACACAAACACACACACUCAGACACACAAACACACACUCAGCACACACCACACACUCAGACACACACACAACACCAACACACACACCACACACUCAGACACACACAACUCAGACACACACACACUCACACACACACUCAGACACACACACUCAGACACACACUAGACACACACACACACUCAGACACACACACACCACUCAGACACACACACACUCAGACACACACACACUCAGACACACACACACUCAGACACACACACACACUCAGACACACACAUACUCAGACACACACAUACUCAGACACACACACUCAGACACACACACACUCAGACACACACACACACUCAGACACACACACACACACCAGACACAAAACACACUCCAGACACACACACACCACACCACACACUCAGACACCACACACACACUCAGACACACACACACACACACACACUCAGACACACACACACACACACUCAGACACACACACACACUCAGACACACACACUCAGACACACACACACUCAGACACACACACACACUCAGACACACACACACACACACACACUCAGACACACACACACACACACACUCAGACACACACACACACUCAGACACACACACACUCAGACACACACACAAUUUGUAUGCUUGUUUUCUCAAAUGUGUAUGUAAUAGUCAGAUCAGUAAUCAGCUCUUUUACAGACAAACGUCAGCCACUUGACAGUUUGACGUACUGGCAUUGUUAUUGUUCUUCUGACAACUGGAUGAUAAUAACUGAUUACCUCUAACCUCUCUGUUUUAUCUAUAACUGAUUACCUCUAACCUCUCUGUUUUAUCUAUAACUGAUUACCUCUAACCUCUCUGUUUUAUCUAUAACUGAUUACCUCUAACCUCUCUGUUUUAUCUAUAACUGAUUACCUCUAACUCUCUGUUUUAUCUAUUUGUUAUGCAGAAGAUCAACCGGAAGAUGCACUUCUCUAAGACCAAGCACAGCAAGUUCAACGAGUCAGGCCAGCUCUCUGCCUUCUACCUGUUCUCCUUCGGAUGGGGAACCAGCAUCCUCAUGUCUGUACGUGCUUUUAAACUAUCUGUUGACUGGAUUAUCAGGUGUGUCUGUAACUUUGUGUGUGUGAGGUGUAGGUGGUUUUAAAUGGAAUAAAUGCUGGGCUGUUUGUUUACUGGACUAGUGGGUGUUCCUGUUUGUUUGUUUAAGACCAUCUGAUUGGUUUAUGGGAUUUUGUUUCUCUUCCAGGAGAACUUCCUGUCCAACCCAGUGAGUCUGUGGGAUGGAUACCCUCAUACCCUGAUGCCGUAAGUACUGAACCAUUCCUAUGCAAACUGAUACAUUGUACAAAAGGCUCAUCAGAGUGGGUACUGUCGCUUUAAGAGCGACACUACCAGUCAAAUGUUUGGAAACGCCUACUCAUUCCAGGGUUUUCUUUAUUUGUACUAUUUUCUACAUUGUAGAAUAAUAGUGAAGACAUCAAAACUAUGAAAUAACACAUAUGGAAUCAUGUAGUAACCCCCAAAAAGUGUUAAACAAAUCAAAAUAUAUUUUAUAUUUGAGAUUCUUCAAAUAGGCACCCUUGGCAUUCUCUCAACCAGCUUCACCUGGAAUGCUUUUCCAACAGUCUUGAAGGAGUUCCCACAUAUGCUGAGCACUUGUUGGCUGCUUUUCCUUCACUCUGCCGUCCGACUCAUCCCAAACCAACUCAAUUGGGUUGAGGCCGGGGGAUUGUGGAGGCCAGGUCAUCUGAUGCAGCACUCCAUCACUCUCCUUCUUGGUCAAAUAGCUCUUACACAGCCUGGAGGUGUGUUGGGUCAUUGUCCUGUUGAAAAACAAAUGAUAGUCCCACUAAGCCCAAACCAGAUGGGAUGGCGUAUCGCUGCAGAAUGCUGUGGUAGCCAUGCUGGUUAAGUGUGCCUUGAAUUCUCAAUAAAUCACAGACAGUGUCACCAGCAAAGCACCCCCACACCAUAACACCACCUCCUCCAUGCUUUACGGUGGGAACUACACAUGCAGAGAUCAUCCGUUCGCCUACUCUGCGUCUCACAAAGACACGGCAGUUGGAACCAAAAAGCUCCAAUUUGGACACCAGACCAAAGGACACAUUUCCACCGGUCUAAUGUCCAUUGCUCUUGUUUCUUGGCCCAAGCAGGUCUCUUCUUAUUAUUGGUGUCCUUUAGUAGUGGUUUCUUUGCAGCAAUUCGACCAUGAAGGCCUGAUUCACACAGUCCCCACUGAACAGUUGAUGUGUCUGUGACUUGAACUCAGUGAAGCAUUUAUUUGCGCUGUUGUAGGUAAACGUGUACAACUAAACACAAGUAAACCUUUCUGACUGUUACAUAUCGUCUUGUUUCCUUGUAAUGACCAACACUCAUCAUUCUCAGUCCUCCUCAGUUCCCCAUGUAAACUAAUGUCAACUGGUGGGAUUUUGCAUAGAAGUGGGUGGGUUUGUUUAAACACAGGUGUGGAGUGUUUCUACUUAGAGAGCAUUAGUUCUCUUAAGUAUCUCUGUGGAAACACAUCUGCUUAUACUAGCUUCAAUUAUUUUUCUUGUGUUAGUCACAGGAUUUGCAUAGUUAUUAUGUAAUGUCAAAAUGUAGAUUUCCUCCUAAAUAGACAUACCCAAAAGUAAUUAUUUAUCAUGAGGGCCAUAAACAAUAACUAGUAAUGCUUAUACUGACAGAAAGAUGACAAUCUCACCUUUCCGGUCAAAUUAGUUAUACAUUGCUGAGGUGUAGUCACUUUUGAGGACACAAACUCAAGUACACAGUACAAAUAUGAUGAAAAUAUGAAAAACCAGACGGGGGGGGAAUUUAGUUACAAAGAAAUGAUAAACUACAUACUAUGAUAUGUCACCUUUCUUAUAACUGUAAAUACGUAUUACAUUUACAUUUUAGUCAUUUAGCAGACGCUCUUAUCCAGAGCGACUUACAGUUAGUGAAUACAUUUUUUUUUAUACUGGCCCCCCGUGGGAAUCGAACCCACAACCCUGGCGUUGCAAACGCCAUGCUCUAUCAACUGAGCUACAUCCCUGCCGGCCAUUCCCUCCCCUACCCUGGACGACGCUGGGCCAAUUGUGCGCCGCCCAUGAGUCUCCCGGUCGCGGCCGGCUGCGACAGAGCCUGGAUUCGAACCAGGAUCUCUAGUGGCACAGUUAGCACUGCGAUGCAGUGCCUUAGACCACUGCGCCACUCAGGAGUAAACGUAUGACUUAAUGACGGUACAACAUUGGGACCAUUUCAUAUAACUGAAAGACAAUUUUCGUCCCAGCGUCCUCUGAGUAAUGCAGAGAUGGCCAUUCAAAUGCAUGCUAACGCGUUACAACUUCAGUUUUUAAACACAGUGAUUUUUUUUGUCCCUCUGUGACCUAGAGAAAGUGGGUCUUGGUUCAAUUAUUUUAUGUUGAGAGCUCUAAGCCCAUCUGAGAACAUCACAGCGAGAUGAAACCGCUUUCGCUGCGAUCGCUAGGCUCUCUCUGUAAGCGGAGUGGAGAGGUUCACAGUCAGAGGAAAUGUAUCCUUUGUCUGGACGUGUCGCUCCCUAUGCAAAUGAGCUGUCAGAUUUCACAUACUGCAUCUCAGAUGAGAGCGGAGAGCUGCAUGUGAUGAGGAACAACCAGAACGGAGUGUGUACAGCGAUUGACGUUGCACCGUUCACAGAGCGCUCUGUACACAAACAUUUCAGACGGAACCGAUCCAGAACCGCUCAAAAUCCCCUAAAUAGGGGGGGGGGGGGACGACUUACUGUUUUUAAUAGAAGGAGUUGCUUGAGUUCUCUUCAAACACUCCUAAAUGUAAUUAGUGUGUCAUAUCACUCGGCAUGACUUCUCCUAAGUACCUCUGUGUAAUCAAUCUAGUAGUUCAUUAUUCUAUCAUUAGAUAUUUGAUAGCAGAUUUAUAGCAGCUUUUUUUUGGUGCAAAAUGUUACUUACUAUGACUGAUGUGGUUGUCUUACCUAACUUAGUUGAAUUCACUGAUUUUUUAUUUUUUUUAUUUUUUAAAGUCGCUCUCUCGAGAAGAGUGUCUGCUAAAUGACCAAAACGUAAGGUAAUGAUGUUAGACUUGACAGACUCGGUGUUUAUUUCUCCUAGGUUCCAGAUGAAGUUCUAUUUCAUCGGUCAGUUGGGCUACUGGCUUCACACCCUCCCCGAGCUCUACUUCCAAAAGACCAAGAAAGUGAGUACUUAUGCAAAGUUUGUUUGUGUACGCAUGCUAUUUCCAGUUCCUUGCUUAUGUAAUAUUUUGUUUUAAAGAAGUUCAAUUCAAACAUUUGACUACCAUUUUGCUUGCCAUCAUUACAGAGUAAAUGUCAGCAGUGUCCUGACCAUGUUUUUCCUGAAACCCCGUCUGUUUGCUGUUUGUUUGUAGGAGGAUAUUCCCCGGCAGUUGAUGUAUACCGCUCUGUACUUGGUCAACAUCGCAGGAGCGUACAUCCUCAAGUAAGACCUGGUUCACAUCAACAACUCUAGAAGAUUAUUGUUUUGUCCAAUUGUACACAAAAGUCUAGCGGAAAAUUGACUUCCGCUUUAUCUCUACCCCUCCGAAAGACUCAUACACACAGAGGGUUGGGAGGUUGGAACAGAGUGCUGACUACAGUUGGGAGGUUGGAACAGAGUGCUGACUACAGUUGGGAGGUUGGAACAGAGGGCUGACUACAGUUGGGAGGUUGGAACAGAGGGCUGACUGCAGUUGGGAGGUUGGAACCGAGGGGCUGACUACUGGUUGGGAGGUUGGAAACAGAGGGCUGACUUACGGUUGGGAGGUUGGAACCGAGGGGUCUGACUACAGUUGGGAGGUUUGGAAACAGAGGGCUGACUACAGUUGGGGAGGCUUGGAAACAGAGGGCCUGACUGCAGUGGGAGUUGGUUGGAACAGAGGGCUGACACGUUGGGAGGUUGGAACAGAGGGCUGACUGCAGUUGGGAGGUUGGAACAGAGGGCUGACUGCAGUUGGGAGGUUGGAACAGAGGGCUGACUGCGUUUGGGAGGUUGGAACAGAGGGCUGACUGCGGUUGGGAGGUUGGAACAGAGGGCUGACUACGGUUGGGAGGUUGGAACAGAGGGCUGACUACGGUUGGGAGGUUGGAAACAGAGGGCUGACUGAGGUUGGGAGGUUGGAAACAGAGGGCUGACUGAGGUUGGGAGGUUGGAACAGAGGGCUGACUGAGGUUGGGAGGUUGGAACAGAGGGCUGACUGAGGUUGGGAGGUUGGAACAGAGGGCUGACUACGGUUGGGAGGUUGGAACAGAGGGCUGACUACGGUUGGGAGGUUGGAACAGAGGGCUGACUGCGGUUGGGAGGUUGGAACAGAGGGCUGACUACGGUUGGGAGGUUGGAACAGAGGGCUGACUACGGUUGGGAGGUUGGAACAGAGGGCUGACUACGGUUGGGAGGUUGGAACAGAGGGCUGACUACGGUUGGGAGGUUGGAACAGAGGGCUGACUGAGGUUGGGAGGUUGGAACAGAGGGCUGACUACGGUUGGGAGGUUGGAACAGAGGGCUGACUACGGUUGGGAGGUUGGAACAGAGGGCUGACUGAGGUUGGGAGGUUGGAACAGAGGGCUGACUACGGUUGGGAGGUUGGAACAGAGGGCUGACUGAGGUUGGGAGGUUGGAACAGAGGGCUGACUGCGGUUGGGAGGUUGGAACAGAGGGCUGACUGCAGUUCUACUCUGUCAACAGCUCUUUUUUGCUACAACUGAUAUGACAAUUAGGUGGUUGGAAAUUGACACAACAUAGCAAGGCUAGGGUUAGUGGUUAAAAUAGCCUUUUUUGGCUAGAAAACAAAGUAUUUCCAACCUCUAUGAAGCAUGACCGUCUAGUUAGUAAUCAUUACUGUGGUAGCAGAGGGAUCUAACGACGUCCAUUUUGUGUCUUCCAGUCUGAAUCGUCUGGCUCUGGUCCUGCUGGUGUUCCACUACUUUGUAGAGCUUCUCUUCCACGUGUCCCGCCUGCUCUACUUCAGCAACGAGAAGAGACUGACAGGGUGAGCACACACACACACACACACACACACACACACACACACACACACACACACACAGAGAGAGCGACUGGGUGAGCACACACACACACACACAGAGAUACAGACUGGGUGAGCACACACACACAUACAGAGAGAUACACACACACACACACACACACACACACACACACAGAUACAGGCUGGGUGAACACACACACACACACAGAGAUACAGACUGGGUGAGCACACACACACACACAGAGAUACACACACACACACACACACACACACACACACACACACAGAUACAGGCUGGGUGAACACACACACACACACACACACACACACACACACAGAGAUACAGAGUGGGUGAGCACACACACACACACACACACACACACACACACACACACAGAGAUACAGAGUGGGUGAGCACACACACACACACACACACACAGAUACAGACUGGGUGAGCACACACACACACACACACACACACACACAGAGAGAGACCGACUGGGUGAGUUGAGGUCACACAGCACACUUCAAAGCCCUAAAACAACAAGAUGUCCCUAUAAACCAACUUGGCAUUUUGGACAAGGACGUUGGGAGUUAAUCUACUAGCUUGUUACUCUCUCAAGGUAUUGAGUUAUGAUAGUGUUGAUAUCUAUUGGACAAAGAAGGCAGGAAAGAAAGGGAAGCACUGGAUGUCAUGGUCAUCUAAUGUGUGUGUGUGCCUCUGUGUGUGUGUGUGUCUCUACUAGGUUCACCAUCUGGGCGGUGCUGUUUGUCCUUGGACGGCUGCUCACCCUGUCCCUGUCUGUCCUGACUGUGGGUUUCGGCCUUGCCAACGCUGAUCAACAGGGACUGGACCUGGCCAGCGGAAACUUCAACGUGCUCAUAGUUCGGUGAGAUAGUGUGUGUAAUGGGGUGGCUUGGCUGGAUUGAAACAAAGUUAACUAAAGAAAAUAAAGUAGUUGUAGUAGGGGGAAAUGGUAGUACUGGUCUAGUUCUAUUCCAAAUGACAAUGACAAGGGGAUGAGGAAAGAGACGUAACAGUACUCCACCAUUUUGAAUAUUUACUCAUGUGAUAUUUGGUGUGUCUAACUGCAGUCUUCUGUCCACAGGAUCACGGUGUCUAACUGCAGUCUUCUGUCCACAGGAUCACUGUCUAACUACCAUCUUCUAUCCACAGGAUCACGGUGUCUAACUGCAGUCUUCUGUCCACAGGAUCACUGUGUCUAACUGCAGUCUUCUGUCCACAGGAUCACUGUGUCUAACUGCAGUCUUCUGUCCACAGGAUCACUGUGUCUAACUGCAGUCUUCUGUCCACAGGAUCACUGUGUCUAACUGCAGUCUUCUGUCCACUGGAUCACUGUGUCUAACUGCAGUCUUCUGUCCACAGGAUCACUGUGUCUAACUGCAGUCUUCUGUCCACAGGAUCACUGUGUCUAACUACCAUCUUCUGUCCACAGGAUCACUGUGUCUAACUGCAGUCUUCUGUCCACAGGAUCACUGUGUCUAACUGCAGUCUUCUGUCCACAGGAUCACUGUGUCUAACUGCAGUCUUCUGUCCACAGGAUCACUGUGUCUAACUGCAGUCUUCUGUCCACAGGAUCACUGUGUCUAACUGCAGUCUUCUGUCCACAGGAUCACUGUGUCUAACUGCAGUCUUCUGUCCACAGGAUCACUGUGUCUAACUACCAUCUUCUGUCCACAGGAUCACUGUCUAACUACCAUCUUCUAUCCACAGGAUCACGGUGUCUAACUGCAGUCUUCUGUCCACAUGAUCACUGUGUCUAACUACCAUCUUCUGUCCACAGGAUCACUGUCUAACUACCAUCUUCUAUCCACAGGAUCACGGUGUCUAACUGCAGUCUUCUGUCCACAGGAUCACUGUGUCUAACUGCAGUCUUCUGUCCACAGGAUCACUGUGUCUAACUGCAGUCUUCUGUCCACAGGAUCACUGUGUCUAACUACCAUCUUCUGUCCACAGGAUCACAGUGUCUAACUGCAGUCUUCUGUCCACAGGAUCACUGUGUCUAACUACCAUAUUCUGUCCACAGGAUCACUGUGUCUAACUGCAGUCUUCUGUCCACAGGAUCACUGUCUAACUGCAGUCUUCUGUCCACAGGAUCACUGUGUCUAACUACCAUCUUCUGUCCACAGGAUCACUGUCUAACUACCAUCUUCUAUCCACAGGAUCACGGUGUCUAACUGCAGUCUUCUGUCCACAUGAUCACUGUGUCUAACUACCAUCUUCUGUCCACAGGAUCACUGUCUAACUACCAUCUUCUAUCCACAGGAUCACGGUGUCUAACUGCAGUCUUCUGUCCACAGGAUCACUGUCUAACUACCAUCUUCUGUCCACAGGAUCACUGUGCUGGCGACCAUCUGUGUGACUCAAGCCUUCAUGAUGUGGAAAUUCAUCAACUUCCAGCUGAGGAGGUGGAGAGAGCAGGCCCAUCCCCAGGCCCAGCCCCUGAAACCCAAGAAGCCCCAAGCUCCCAAGAGCAAAUCCAAGAAGGACAAAGGUGAGUCACGCUGCGACCAGAGGACGUUGUCUAAAUCAACACACCUUUUGGUUUUGAUCAGAUCCAUCUUGAUACGUUAGUUAGGGUUCAAACUGAUUAGAGCGGAGGAAAUUGGUUUUGUUUCUAGUCAUUUUGUAUGUUUCAUUUCCUUCACCUGUUAUUUGCUCCAAGAACAUUGACUUCAUUCUCUGUCAUUGGCAGCCAAUGGAGUGAACGGAGUGAGUUCCAACGGAGCCGAUUCGCCGAGAGCAAAGAAAGAGAAGUCUUCUUAACUCCCCCCCCCAGUUCCUCCCACCUACACCCCUUUCACCUCAAAAAUACACCCUUUUCUCCUGUCCCCCUCAGGCUGCAUCCAGCCUUCUCAUUCCAUCUGCUGUCUACGGCCCAAUCCCAAAUCGAC